UCCUCAUCAUUGGCCGUGAUGUCGCAACAGACGUGCUCGUGUGCCGACCGCAAUUGCUUCCAUGGCGGUUGUGCUUGUUUCACAAAUGAAGGGGUCUGCUCUAAGGACUGCAAGUGCCGUGCUAAGUGCAAGAACAUCUUGGGAAAUGAGAAGACGAUCACAAAGCAAUUCGCUGAAUACAACCAAGCUGCCGCUGCCCAGCCUGCUUCUGACCAAGCUGCCGCUCAACCUCAACCUAAGCCAUUGCCAGAACUAGAACCAGGGUCUGCGCGACAGCCGUGCCACUGUGCCUCGUCCAAGUGCCAAAACUUCUACUGCAGAUGUGUCAGGGCUAACUUGCCUUGUUUUGAGCGCUGCGACUGCAAGGACUGCGGUAACACCAAGACCCAUGAGGAGAAGCUCCAGGAUCUAGGGAUCAAGGUUGAGGAUCUUGCUUCAGGUUCGACCGUGAUGACUCGUGGGAAGGCGCAGGCUGCCAAGGAGUCUGCCGUUGGGUGUAAAUGCCAAACCGAAUGCGCCAGUCGCUGCGGUUGCGUGAGGCGUAACAUCAAGUGCACCUCCAAAUGCAAGUGCCAAGUGUGCGGCAAUGACGACGGGAGCAGAUUUCCAGCCAAUAAGUGCAAGGCUGGAUCUGGAGGUCAAGGAGGUACCAGAAGCAGCAGCAGGGCCGUCGAACCGGCGGGCAAACGGCCAAAACACGGGUGAUGACAGUAGGCUUCAGACAUACGAGAGCAUGAUGCAAGUCACCUUACCUACUUAUACCAUCCUCAAGUCACCUCCUGUUCAGACAUCUCCCACUGUAAAGCACGGCCAGGUUCCUGUAGAUUCCUUGUAAUGGUUGGUUGGUUACUCGAAGCAAGCACGGCGACAACUCCAUGAUCUGCGAUGUCGUUAGCCUCAGAACAUGGUCUUGAUCAGACGGAUAGAUACUUGAGAACAUACGUAUACAUACUCAUGUAGGAAUGUCAGUCGGCGUCCAUACAUACCGCGUGCCUGGAAAGGGUUGGUUCAGCUAUUUCUUGUGCACACAAUACAUAGUUCCUGCAAAUGAUUUCUCUCUUAUA